AUGUCUUCUAUAUCAAAUAAUAGCUCAAUGACAAACACAAGCGCGCCACAGGAUUCUUCAAACCAGUCAGGCCGCUCCACUGUAGAUGUCGACAUGGUCUUCUUCUGGUUAAUAAUCAUAGUUGGUGUUGUAGGCAACUCGCUUGUCAUAACUGUGGUCAAAAUGAUACGCAGUAUGCGAACAGCUACCAAUUACCUCCUGGUAAAUGUGGCAGCCGCCGAUGUUACUACGUUAGUGUUCACGGCAAUCCAUUUUCUCAUUAGAAAAAUCCGUCCCACUUCACCGAAGGCACUUCUCAGUUUUCUUUGCGCGUUCAUUUAUAACAACACUAUUGUCAUAGUAACACUCUUAGUGACGUCAUUGACCAUGACUCUCCUAGCCUUUGAGAGGUACCACGCUCUGGUGAAACCGCUUAUCAACUCCGGCAGGCUUACUAAUGGCAACAUUACUUACGUUAUCACUGCCAUUUGGGUCGUUGCCAUAGCGAUGGUGACGCCGCUGUUUGCAGGCUUCUCUUAUGAUUCAACAGCGGGUACUUGCCAUGCAGAUUUAGAAGAAUUGGCAAUCUACGUCAGUUGUCUUUUUAUUGUUCUGACUUUUAUUCCGUUCAUCAUUAUCGCCUAUUGCUAUUCCCAAAUUGUAUACGGCCUUUACGUCAAGAAGACAAUUUGCAGCAACAAAAGUGAAAGAGCAGAAACCCCAGAAGAAGCAAGAGAAAAGAGAAGAUUGGUGAUCCUGCUGAUCUUGUUAAGUGUGGUGUUCUUCACAGCUUUCGUCCCUUACGGUCUUUUGAUCAUACUGAAUUUCAACAGGAUGAAGAUUGCGUAUCUAACAGGCCUCCGGCACGUUGCACAGUAUCUUACGCUUCUCAGUUGUUCAGUAAACCCGUUUAUCUACGCUUUUCAAAGCUCAAGUUACAGACACAGUUUUAAUUUCCUUUUUAAGAAAUUGUUUCGUCGUGACACCACAGUGAACUCCUUAGAACUAAUUAAAAUGCGUACUGGAACGUCUUUGAGAACAGUGUAA